AUGAGUGUACAAAUUUUUGGAGAUCAAGUAACUGAAGAAAGAGCUGAAAAUGCUCGUAUGUCAGCCUUUGUCGGUGCCAUCGCUGUGGGUGAUCUGGUUAAGAGUACUUUAGGUCCAAAGGGUAUGGAUAAACUAUUACAAAGUGCAUCUAGUGAUAAAGCUUUAGUUACCAAUGAUGGUGCUACCAUUUUGAAAUCCAUUCCAUUGGAUAAUCCAGCUGCUAAAGUUUUAGUUAACAUUAGUAAAGUUCAAGAUGAUGAAGUGGGUGAUGGUACUACCAGUGUUACUGUGUUAAGUGCGGAAUUAUUACGAGAAGCUGAAAAAUUAAUUGAACAAUCUAAGAUCCACCCACAAACAAUCAUUGAAGGUUUUAGAAUUGCAUCCCGUGCAGCUUUGGAUGCCUUAGAAAAAGCUGCAGUUGAUAACUCUCAUGAUGAAGCUAAAUUCCGUAAUGACUUAAUCCAUAUUGCUAAGACUACGCUAUCUUCUAAGAUUUUAUCUCAGGAUAAAGAAUAUUUCUCCAACUUGGCAACUGAUGCAAUUUUAAGAUUAAAGGGAUCAACCAAUUUAGAACAUAUUCAAAUUAUUAAAAUUUUAGGUGGUAAUUUAUCUGAUUCUUUCUUGGAUGAAGGGUUUAUUUUGCAAAAAAAAUUUGGUAAUAACCAACCAAAGAGAGUGGAAAAUGCAAAGAUUUUAAUUGCCAAUACUACAUUAGAUACAGAUAAAGUUAAAAUUUUUGGUACCAAAUUUAAAGUUGAUUCUACUUCGAAAUUAGCUCAAUUAGAAAAGGCAGAACGUGAAAAGAUGAAGAGUAAAAUUACUAAGAUUUCUAAGUUCGGUAUUAAUACCUUUAUUAAUAGACAAUUGAUUUAUGAUUACCCAGAACAAUUAUUUACUGAUUUAAAUAUAAAUUCCAUCGAACAUGCCGAUUUUGAAGGUGUAGAAAGAUUAGCUUUAGUUACUGGUGGUGAAGUUGUUUCCACAUUUGAUAACCCAGAAAAAUGUAAAUUAGGUGAAUGUGACUUAAUUGAAGAAAUAAUUAUUGGUGAAGAAUCAUUUUUGAAAUUCAGUGGUUGUAAAGCAGGUGAAGCUUGUACGAUCGUCCUAAGGGGUGCCACUGAUCAAGUUUUAGAUGAAGCUGAAAGAUCUCUUCAUGAUGCCCUAUCAGUAUUAUCACAAACCACAAAGGAAACUAGAACUGUUCUUGGUGGUGGAUGUGCAGAAAUGAUAAUGUCUAAAUCUGUUGAUACAGAAGCUCAAAAUGUUGACGGUAAGAAAGCUCUUGCUGUUGAAGCAUUUGCUCGUGCUUUAAGACAACUACCAACCAUAUUAGCUGAUAAUGCUGGGUUUGAUAGUAGUGAACUAGUUUCCAAACUAAGGUCAUCAAUUUACAAUGGAAUAUCUACUUCUGGUCUUGAUUUAAAUAACGGUACUAUUGCCGAUAUGAGGGAGCUUGGUAUUGUUGAGAGUUUCAAACUAAAGAGCGCAGUUGUCAGUUCAGCAUCUGAGGCUGCUGAAGUAUUAUUGAGAGUAGAUAAUAUUAUUCGUGCUAAACCAAGAACUGCCAAUAGACAACACAUGUAA